AUGACCUCUUCAAACGAAUAUACCGAUGAACAGCUGAACUAUUACAGAAUUUGUUAUGUAACUACUGAUAUACUAGCGGAGGGUCUGAGAGAAAUAUUUAAACAAGAAUGGGACAAACUGUACAAAACAACAAAAGGAGAAUGGAAAGACGAGCCUCUUAAUGGAAUGGACUUUUAUCACGGAGAGUCUUCUCGAAAUCAAAAAAGAAACGCUCGUCUUUUGGCCACGAUGAAAAACGGAAACAGUGGGAAAUGGGAUUGUACCAUGCUAUUUUACGCCAUCCUUUUCUCUGAUUGCGUCGGGCCAGGUCUUAGCGUAAUAGUCAGAAAAAAGAUAGAUGAUCUACGAAAUUUCAGGAAUGAAGAAUUCGCUCACAUGCCACAAGGUAGUCUCCCUGAGAUAGAUUUUCAGAAUGCUAUUAGCAAGGUUGAUGUUGCGUUUCAAGCGCUUAGACUUCCCACUGUAAAAAUUCAAGACCUAAAAUGUCAGAAAACAUUUCCAACAAAAGACUUAACAAAGGUCCUCAAAGAAGUUGAUAAUCUGAAACAAGAAGUUCAAGAAAAAGAGAGUCAGCGCCAGGUCCUUCAAGAUCAGCUGCAAAAUGAAGCACCCUUAUUUUGUGUUCUCCCUCCUAAACCUUCGCAUGAAAUCGGUGGUCGUGAAAGUGAAGUAGCCCAAAUAGUCCAACAGCUGAGGGAACUAAAUGAGUCCAGUGACAACAGGUUGAGUCAUCUAUACAUCUCAGGGAAUCCUGGAAGCGGGAAAUCACAGCUAGCUAGCCUUGUAGCUGAGAGAUUCUUUGACGACCUCAAAGAAAUGCCAGGUGGGUCUUCAUUUGUAAUGACCUUAAAUGCUGCAAGUCUAGAUUCACUUCUGGAGUCGUAUGCCUCAUUUGCUCGCCAUUUAAAGUGCCCAGACUAUUCAAUUGUGGAAACCCUCAGCUCAAAGGACUCGACCGUCGACGAAAAGAUCACUAGUCUUAAGAUGCUUGUCGCUGUAAACAUUACCUGUUACACGUCGUGGCUACUGGUGGUUGACAAUGUCACUGCCAUGUCAUCUGUGCAUGUCCAUUUACCACAGUUUAAUUCAAAGGCUUGGGAAAGAGGCCAUUUGCUCAUUACCACGCAGGACACAGCGUCAAUACCCUCAAAAAGCUCCUUCGUUAAUCACAUUUCAGUAAGCGAGGGUAUGGAGCCCGAUGAUGCACGUUCAUUAUUGUCCAAGCUUUCUGGUAUCCCAGAUAGCGAGCUGGUAGGAACAGUAGCACAAAGACUGGAUUACCAACCUCUUGCUUUAGCAGGCGCUGCCGUCUUUGUUAAACAGAUUCGUCAGGACAAAGCAUCAACGCAUUUUGGGUGGGAGGAAUACCUAAAGAUCUUAGAAAAAGGCAAAAGACAGAAAACGGAGGAUGCACUUGUUGACACCAAUCCAAUUUACCCAAAUUCAAUGACCAAAGCAAUAACUUUAGCCGUCGAAACACUGAUGAGAUCCAACAAAUUUCAAAAACACCUUUUCACUUUUCUUGCCCUCUGCGCUCCACGGCCAUUGAACGUCGACAUAGCAGUUACUUACAUCAUGAACGCACAUGAAGAGUUUGAUGAAGCGGAAAAAGAAUUAAUUCGCAUGAGAUUAAGAACAAGCUCACUUCUGCUGUUCCAAGAUGAAGAUGGUGGCUGUUUUAUUCGACUUCACCAGGUUGUGCAUGAUGCUAUAAAAACUGUAGCAAAAGAGUAUGCAGAAAUCCAAACCGAUGAGGUCGUUAGUGGGGUCAUUACAUCAUUUAACGAAUUUAUCGUCGCAACUCCACCAGAUAAUGAGCGACUAAACACUAGACACAUCGCUCCACAUUUGAAAGUUUUAACUAUAGCAACUGACAAAGUGUUUUUGCGAGAUAAUUUCUUUCAAGUUCAUGAUAAGGAGAUUUCCGAAAAAUGCGAAAACCUUGGAAAUAUUUGUAAAAUGCAUUGUGAAUUUGGAGGAGCAAAAACAUAUUUUGAAUAUUCACUCGCUUUUAAGCUUCAAGAGCUCGGCCCGGAGCAUGUUAAUGUUGCAAGAAGCUAUAAUAACUUAGCUUCAAUUUACAAGAAAUUAGGUGACUUCGAGAAAGCCAUGGAGUAUCAGCAACGUGCUUUAGACAUCCAACUGGACAAGCUCGGCCCGGAACAUGUUAGUGCUGCAGCAAGCUAUAAUAACUUUGCUUCAAUUUACGAGAAAUUAGGUGACUUCGAGCAAGCCAGGGAGUAUCAGCAACGUGCUUUAGACAUCCAACUGGACAAGCUCGGCCCGGAACAUGUUGAUGUUGCAAGAAGCUAUAAUAACUUAGCUUCAAUUUACAAGAAAUUAGGUGACUUCGAGCAAGCCAUAGAGUAUCAGCAACGUGCUUUAGACAUCCGACUGGACAAGCUCGGCCCGGAACAUGUUCAUGUUGCAGCAAGCUAUCAUAACUUAGCUUCAAUUUACAAGAAAUUAGGUGACUUCGAGCAAGCCAGGGAGUAUCAGCAACGUGCUUUAGACAUCCAACUGGACAAGCUCGGCCCGGAACAUGUUGAUGUUGCAACAAACUAUAAUAACUUUGCUUCAAUUUACGAGAAAUUAGGUGACUUCGAGCAAGCCAGGGAGUAUCAGCAACGUGCUUUAGACAUUCGACUGGACAAGCUCGGCCCGGAACAUGUUGAUGUUGCAAGAAGCUAUAAUAACUUAGCUUCAAUUUACAAGAAAUUAGGUGACUUCAAGCAAGCCAUGGAGUAUCAGCAACGUGCUUUAGACAUCCAACUGGACAAGCUCGGCCCGGAACAUGUUGAUGUUGCAAGGAGCUAUAAUAACUUAGCUUUAAUUUACAAGGCUUUAGGUGACUUCGAGCAAAGCAAGGAGUAUAAGCAACGUGCUCUGGCCAUCAGAGCAGACAAGCACGGCCUCAACAAAACACCAGAUAAGGUAAGUACUGCUAACAGACACAAAAAACUAUACUUAUGGAUAUCAUAUUUCUUCUUGAAAGAUUUUACGCAGUCUUGAAGGGUUAUCGCUUUGGCCCUGUGUCUUUGAAAUUUGUUAAAAUCUAAAAAGACUGAACUUUUCAGGCUUUUUUUCACAGCAGCAUACGUUGUGCCUUAAACUGCAAGGAUCUUUGAUGUAUUCUUUGGUCGGCAGUUCCAAUUUAUGAAAUUCGUUUAUUCUUUAUUAAUGAUUUUAAUUUGAUAAACUCUAAAACGUUUUACAUAUAUUAAUUAUGGAAUCGAUAUUUGGGACGUUGGUAGAACACCUUUUAAUUCAGGUUUGACUGUAACGGUUUCCGUUAACGCUCGAUCUCUAUUCCUGCCUUCCAUAUCUUGAAGUUUCUUCUAAUGAAAAAAACCUGUUAGUCCUUGCAGAUUACUCAUGAAGCUGAAAGGCAUUUAUCACAAUCCAAGAAAGAAGAUGAUGAGGACGAGGAUGAUGAUAAAGACAGUAGUGAGGAAGGUAAAGCAAAAAUCAUUAUUAAGUUUAAAAUGUCUCCUCGUGCUAACUUGUAAUCAGGCUUAAUCGUUGCAUAAACUCACACUACAGUCUUUGGACUUGACGCGUCAAAGGAAACGUGAGCAAAAACAGGGAGAUGGAUUCUUCAGCGUUCCAAAAAUAUUUGUGUGAAACGCCUGUGACUCCUGUAAGAACGUAGCAGGCCUUAUGCUUUUAAAGUAUAAAUAUAUGUGUAUUUUUUUCGGACCCAUGCCCAAAGAAACUCACUGAUUGAGAAUAUAUAUGCGGCUGGAUCAGAUUUAAUCUAUCAUGAAAUCUUUUGAGAGUAUUAUUUUCAGUGUUAGUAGAGAAAGGCAGAAUCCGCGUUUGGAUGUUCUCAAAGAAAAGUGCCCUAAGUCAAAAGUCACCUACAUCCAAAAAGAAAUUUCCAGGCAAACACAAUUUCGGAUUUUGGGUUGCUUCAGUUCAAACAAACUUCAGGUGGAGUUCAACACCGCGAUUUAUUAAAAGGUAUUUUCAAGUUUGCUAACCCCAAGACCAAAACAAUGUUUUUCACUUAUGGUAGCAAGCCGAGCUCGAGGCUUACAGCCCAGACCGUAGAAAACCAUUUAGCUACUUAAAGCAAACGAGUUCACAGCGAAUUAGGUAUUCCACUGAUCCGAGAUACAAAACAUUAGGUGGGGUUACACUAGACUAUUUCCCCAAAGCUCCCCUUAGGGAAAUAGCCGCAGCGCUUGAAAAUUGAGUCCAGUUUCGCGCUGGAUUUGGCACCAAGCGACGAACUCAGCACGUAAACAACACGUGAUUUCUACUAAUUUGGUACGUUUCAGUCUCUCCUGAUUGGCUGAGCCGCUUUAGGUUCUUAUUAACCAAUAGCACUUACUUCGGGAACUGUCAUGGGUAAUUCUUUUGUUCGGAUUGAUGUAUCCAUGGAAAUUUCCUCGGGGCAAUUUCUCCUUGGGAAAAUCGGUCAGACACAAAAAGUUGCUUCCCCGUGGGCAAGAGCCAUUUGCCGGUGGGUAAGAUGGGUAAUGUAGCCGCACGUAUUUUAGUUCUCAUAAAAAGGAUAUGUUUUGGUCAACUUUUGACUUGCCUCAUAUCUUGUGCAUUAGAAGUUGAACUACUCGUUUCUUACACAGACAAAAGAGCUCAUUGGCAUAGAGACAAACACAAUGUUGGACAAAAGCGGCAGAAGGCUAAGAAAGGUUCCGAUGCAGAUAGUGAUGUGUCUUCUGAGGGAGAUGGUUACCUGGAUUCACAGGAAGAAGAUCACAUAUCUGACAACUUUGCAUCUUUGGAUGGUGAGAUAGUUUGACCUUUUAAUCCCCAAUAUCUGUCUUUGUCUGCUGCUGUUGCUGUGAUCUAGCCUGUUUUUAGCCACCCCUCCCCUAAAACAUUAUGGAGCUUAAGCAGAGACGUUUUUGAGCAACGAACGUCAACCGGAGGUAAAGUCUCUUCUCUUUUAAUAUGCCUUGAUUCCUAUAACAAAUUUGUAUCGUUAAGUUUCUCUAAUCUUGUAGAGACGAUCUGCCCGAAAAUUUGGCCGCAACCACUGCCCGAGAACGGCAAAAAGUUCACUUCCGGUUGAUGUGCGUCACUCAAAAACGCCUUUGCUUGAAGUUGUUUAAAGGGAGUGGUUAGCUAUACACAGGCUACCGUGCACCAGUUGCAUCACCUUGUCUGUCGUUUUUUUCUGCCUCUACUGUGCUUCUUCAGUUCUCUUUUUGCCCUCUCUUCUUUUCUGUCAGUUGGUUUCUUCUCUUCUCUUCUUCCCGUUGUGUAACAGCCUAAGUUAUACUAGCCAAACGAGAAGCGGGAAAUAUUAAAGUUAAGUAACAUCUGCUAUAAAGGAUACUACCUUAUAAUGGGCCCUUAAUCAUUUACUGCAGCUGCUCCAAAGAUAUGGAACGUCUUACCGGACUACAUUAGGAAAGGGAAGAAUUUCGAUUAGUUUUUUUGCUAUUUUAUUGAAGCGUACGGCGACUUGGUUGAGUUAUCAGAGGUUCUUUCACUUUCAACUUUUAUUUCCUUUUUUCUUUAUGUUUUGCUCGUUUUUAGUAAUGCUAAAUUAUUGAUGUAGCAAUUGAAAGUGUCAAUAAUUUCAGUUAUUUGAGCGGGUAGUAUAAUAUAGGCUAUGUAAGUCUCAUUUUUGUGUAUGCAGAUUUCAUCAGAUCACUAUGUUAAAAUGUUCUGUAGAAGUAUUAAAUAUUAUUAUUAUUAUAAUUAUUGCUUGUGUAAUGUAGUCUUGAAUUGUUCACUUGUAUGCUCUAUAUGGGAGUAUGUCACUGCUUCUUUGCAAGGUUACAUUUCACCAUAUAACCUCUUUAAUGCUCUGAGCAUCAUCAUCAUCAUCAUCAUCGCUAUCCUGAGCAUCAUCAUCAUCAUCAGUAUUAUCAUAAUCAUUUCAUAAGGACCACGGUAAAACUAAAUGUGACGAACCAAAAUGUACGUUUCUGAGUAAAACCUCAAUUUUUUAAAUUGGGUUACUUGACAUUGAGCGUGCCCUGGUGACGUCACAGCCAGAUUUGGCAUCAAACUGUCCAAAUAUGGUCAGAUAUAAGUACGCGCAUUUUUCCCUAGGACCUGUUUCAAAAUUCAAGACACAAUAAUGAACUCCCUUAAAACCAACAUUAUAAAGACAUUAUGAUCUCUUGCUUAAAUCUAGACUCUUUCUCUUCUUUCUUUAAUUCCUUAGAGUUGAAAAUAUAAAUAAGGCAAGUGCCCCCCUUGCCCCUUAAUAGAUCAUUACGCCCUCAAGCGGUGCUAAGCGCGUUAUGAGAUACAAGGGCAACAAAUAUUGGGUAGUUUUGGCUUCUAUAUGAUGCCUUUUUUGUUGUUGUAAAGGUGCCAAGAAGAGAAAGAAGAAGUCUGAAAGUUGCUGUCCACUUUGUAGAUGUCAAUAAUCAAUAUUCACGUUCAUUUUUGUAAUUAGGAAAAUUAGUGUUAUGGUAGCCUUUUACUGUACUAUAAUUUUUACUGUUUUAAGUAAAAAAUUGGUCAGGCUAAGCGUGAUAUAGAUUGUAGUUUGUUAAGUGCCCUUUUCAGGCUUUUGUUUGCCCUCUGAGAAAGGAAAAUAUGCGAUCUAGCGAAAAAGAGAGGCCCAGGUUAAGUUAAAUCUAAAUUAGACUCACACACUAAGGGUUUUUAAGUUUGUCGAAGAGUAAAACGUAUCAAUCAAGCAAAUUAUUUAAAAACAAUGGAGAAUUGUGCCUACAUUUCGUGUACUGAUUGAGCACUUUUAUAUCAACGAGCCGGCAAAAGGUAGCCUCAGUGAAACGUUCCUGGCGUCGAGGAGCGAGGCGAGACGGCUGUAUUAUAUUUUUUCGUAGGCUAGCAAAAUAUUAAAGUAUGAAAUAACUGGAUUAUGGAGUUUUGCUCGUGGGAACUUGAUUUUUUACCACAGUUUAAUUUGUGCCGUCUGCAAGAAUAUUGAUAGAGAUCUUUAGAUUUUAAGACGGGAACGAUUACGAUGACGAGAUUUGCUUAAUACCAGCUAAAGUAGUGCACGCGUAAACUGAGGUGGGUUUGGUGGGAAAAUGUGACAGCCGUCGUCAUUUACGGGUUUCGUAGUGACGGGAACUUGUAAGUUAUCAAAUGUUAGAAGUGGCCAGGAGAGGGCUUAACUUUUUUUCUGUAAAAACAACAGCGCCAUCUUUUUUGGUAAAAAAACAUGGGAAUAGAAGCUUCUGUGUUGUCUAUUUUAUGUUUUACAAUAUGCAAAAAAACAAACAAACAAACAAACUAACAACAACAACAACAAACAGAAAGAAAACUUUAAGUCAAAUCUCGUCACCAUAAUCGUCCUCGUCCGGUUGCAUUUUGACGUCAGGGGGUACGAUUGUGAGUCAACAAUAAAAUAAUAAAGACGGUGUUUUUAUUAUUCAUUCGAAAUAUUUCUCCGAUUCUGAUUGGCUUAAAGCACACGCAUAAUUCACCACAACAAGUUACUGACGACCAAAUUUGGAAGAAUUUUGUGUUUAACGAGGAAAUGACGUCAAAAAUGCAGGGUUCUUGCAGGUUAAUGCACCGUUAACCGAGAAGACCUGGAGACAAGGAAUUAUUUUGAAUGAAUAAUAAAACAAUUAUUGAAUUCGGCUUUCGUAUCACAUGAAGAAUUGUGGAGAUCUCGGACGGUGUUAUCGGCCUCGGCCUACGGCCUCGACGGAUAACACCCUCCUCGAUCUCCAUAAUUCUUCAUAAGAUACUCAGCCUCAUUCAUUAAUUGUUAAAUAAUUGACUUCAUGGAGUCCAUAUUAAUGUUCCAGGACAAUGAAACGACGGCCAUGUUGUCUUCCCUAGCCAAUUCCGUGUGAGUUGAACUCUUUUCUUAUAUAAACCCUUUGUUUUGUUCCAAUGAAGUUGCAUAGAUGAUGGCCACGUAAGUGUGAACACUCUAUACCAGGAACCGAUUACUAGAGAAAUUUAGGUCACAGGAAUCCGGACAGGCUGAAACGGCACACUUAACAUUUGCACGUUUUCCAUCCAAUUGUUGGUUUUCAACGAAAUGGUCGCAAAUGAAGGAUUGCGAGGUAACGCUACAAGCGAGCUCAAGCAAACACGACAGUGAAGAAAGCGAGAAAAUGAAAUAGCAGCAAAUCUACACUGAAUCUAAGACGCAAAAAAAACCCUUGAACGUGCAGCACGCACCACUCUUUGGCAUUUUCUUUUGUCACUGUCCCACGAUUAACGUUAAGUCAAACUUGAUCUAAGACAACACUGAUUAGUGAGUUUUCACAGGAAAAAAUAACCGAUUCCCAUUUUUGGAUAUUUUAGGGUAUUUAAAGAAUACCCACAAAAAUCCCAAAUUUGGAAGAGUGAGAGAAGUCCCAAUCAGGGAACUUGGUUGGGAAUUCCCUGUUGGGACUUGUCUCACUUUGCCAAAUUUGGGAUUUUUAUGGGUAUUCUUUAAAUACCCUAAAAUAUCUAAUAAUGGGAAUCUGUUAUCUUUUCCUGUGUUUCUUGUGGGGGCUAAUUAUUUACCGGUAAUGAAAAAAACAGAGAUAGCAAUCUGGGCGAUAAAAUGAAUCAGCAUUUCUGCUCAAUGGGUGAAAAACUGGCCAAGAACAUCCCAGUUAAAAGUACCCUUCAAGAACAGUACUAUAGACUAGGAAAAUCUCAAGUAUGCUUCUUAAACUUGCCAACCCAUACAGUUUAGAUGUGAAAAGAGAUAUCAUUAACCAAAGGCUUAAUUUCGACUGGAAAAACGUCCAGUUUUCUCCAGUACUUAAUAAUAUAUAAUAACAUAAUAAGAAUAAGAAUAAGAAAGCCAAGUACAAAGAACUAUAAAUACAGUAAAAACCCACGAGUAAGAACCUACAUUUUCCAGGGUUAGCCUAAACAGGUUCUUACAUAAAUGGUGGUUAACAUAAAUUUAGGCUAUCUAGGUUCUUAAUAGGUUCCUAAUUUCUUGCAAAAAAUUAUGUCGUUGCUAAGAAGAUUUUAGUGAUCAGCGCCCUUUAAUUUGCAUACCUAAUGUUGCUUAUAAUUAUUUUAACAAGACCAUAAUAGAGAUCUAUUCUCACAUGAAUUUUAAUUUCUUGAGUCAAAACAACUUUAUAUACAUGAUUGUGCUGUAAAACACAAUAUUAUAAACAUUUUCUCAAUGACCUCGAUCAAUCAAACAACAUUUAUAUAUGUACUAACUUGCCUUUUGCAACUGCAAUUAAUCAUGUUAAUAAAUAUUCUUAAAUGGUUUUUGAAAAUAAGAACCUUUCUCCAAAUUUUAGGCUAAAGAGGUUAUUAUAUAGAGGGGGUCUAAAUUGCAAAUUUUAGCCUAACAGGUUCUUAAAUCUUUGGUUCUUACUCGUGGGUUUUUACUGUAAAGUGAUCUCCGUGUUUGUUGGUGCGCUUGGUACAGCAAAGAAGGGGGUGGUACAAAACAUCAAGAAAGUAUCAGGGAGAGCUACUGUGACAGAGAUUGAAAAGAUCUGCAUGCUGGGAUCUGUGUGAAUCCUCAGGAAGUUGCUUAGUGUAUGAACACAAUGAUUGACUUGAGUGACUGAUGCUCCAGGUGUAUGGUUUGCGCCCGGCUGAGGCACAAAAAGAACACCAGCAAAGACUGUGACAGAAGAGAUAAUAAUAAUAAUAAUAAUAAUAAUAAUAAUAAUAAUAAUAAUAAUAAUAAUAAUAAUAAUUAAGCACUAGAUAACAUUAAGAAUUACAUAAAUCAUAAAAAUAUACAAUCAGUGUGUCAAUAGCGAUUUCCCAGAUAAAUUCCUCGCGGCUCAGAUGCGAUCAAUAACUCUCGCAGCCGGUCCAGAGUUUUAAAUUUAGAAUCAUCCAUCUCUGAUAUUAAAUAGAAAGAAGUUAAAAAGAACAAAAUCUCGUAUUCCUAAAUUCCUAAUUCUUUAAAAAACGUUCUUUAAAAAAAAGAAUCAAUCAAUUUGUCAAUUCGGGCAGGCUCUAAUAUUUUUGAUCUGUAGGUCUGAGUCAACAAAGUCUAGCUGUCGUCUUCUGGAUCUUAUCCAGGAAAUUGCGCUUGAGUAACUUUCUCCUUUCUUAUUUGCGAUCAGCUCCCCAAGUCUACUGUGAUACUUAGCACACUCAUCCGCCAUUCCACCUGUUGUUGUGAAAACUAUAGGGGAGUGAAAGUUCCCUGUUCGAUCUCCAUCGCUCUUUCCGCAUACCGCCUCUUCUUCUCGUUAUCAUGCUUCUUGUAGAUUUGCUUAGGAGUCAAGUCUCUGAUAGAGUCUGCAUUGGGGUGACACACCUGAACGUCGAAGAAUGUAGAUCUCUGUCUCUCCCAAAAACCUCGAGCAUGAAUAUCCAAACGGGCAUCAGGGGCUUUGUUAGCGCCAUGAUUUAAUGUCUCCCCAGUGACCUCCUGAAGGACCAACUCUACUUCCACAUCAUUACAGACCAUCCUUUGCAUCUCUGCUUCCAAGUCGCGCAGUUAAUAAUAAUAAUAAUAAUAACAAUAAUAAUAAUAAUAAGAAGAAGAAGAAUAAUAAUAAUAGCAAUAGUAAUGAUAAUCAUAAUAAUAAUAGGGAUUUGGGAUUUCCGGGUAUAUUUCCUGACCCUCAACUCCCUUCCAAUUUACUCGAGUGUACCCCCUGGCCAUGACCUGUGGAAUUGCGUGAACAAAUAUGUGCUGUAAUCGCUAAUAAAAAUAAAACCAGACGCCACGCCAAGGAAUGUUCAAACUUCCUGCUUUCGUUUUGAUAGUUUUCCCUUCGUGAUUCAAGCGAAACCUCUUUACUGUCGGGCUGCCUUCCUGGUGCCUGACUAAAGCUACAACAGGUAAGUAUAUAAAGUUGAAACAACUCUGUUUUCAGUAAUUUCAACUUAUAUUAUAGUACUACAAUUCAUUUAAUACAACGGCCAGUCCAAGGCUUCUUGACUUACUCUAGGGUACAAGAAAUGUAGAAUUGGGUGUUUAACCUUGAAAGUGUCCGACUUCCCUUUUGUGACGGUGCUUAGUAGUGUGCAAACAAUCAAGUAUAAAUGUUUGGCCAUCAGCAACGGUUAAAGAUGUAAAGGGAAACUCUAUUAUGUUGAACGCAAGGAUGUGGUGAACAUCAAAGCACUAACUGUCGCAUACACGUUACAUGAAGGCUUUGAGUGUGAGCCACAAGCUACGCAAGCGGUCGUGUAAAAUUGAAGGACCCUUGAUGAUGCAUAGCGAAAGUUGUUGCAUUAGAAAUGUUUAAGUUAAUUUUCCACAUGAUUUGCAAAAACAUCAGUCAUAUAGGCUAUCAUAUUUGGAAAUUUCGGCACGGUCAGAAUUCAAGUGAAUGUGUUUUUAUCUGGCCCCAUCUAAAAGCAGUCGACAAUAGAAGCAGUUAAAACUUUAACAAUCGGUCAUAUGUUCAACCUACAAUCCAGACGAUAUUAGCGCAAGCGCAUUGCUGUUUAUAUGCGUUUGCCUUAAAGUUAAAUGAAACGUGUUUUGGCAGGGAAUGAGCUACAUCAGUACUCCAACAGUUCCCAGAAAGGGAAUAAAACACGAUUUGACAAGCGUCAAAAGCAAAACAAGCAAAGUCAUUUCAAAUUACUUUAGAGAUCCUAAAAAAAAAUGAUACGAUCCGUUCUUAUGGGUUAAAGCUAUAGGUCUGAUUAUUAAUUGCUCUAUUAAAUCGAUGUACACUCUACUCUUCUGAACUGAGAACGCACUGGAAUGUCUAUCGUUAUAAUAAUAUCCCUGAUAUCCAUGUACUCCAUGCGUGUCCAGUUGUAUUGAAUUAUAAUAUAUAGACAGGUCUGAGGUCUGAAUUACAUGAAUAACGUUGAAUACGUUUACAACAUACACCGAUCAGAAGCACGCACGUGAAGAUUGUUAAAACAUCCUGUGUAAAAAGUCUUUUAAAAAUACAUUAUGCAUCUUGAGGGGGGGGGGAGGUACUCCCAAAAGCCUCACACUAUCUUUAGAAAAACACUAAGCUGGAGUUUACUGAGUCACAAUUCAAUUCUCCAUAGUAAGUUUAUGUAGCUUCAGUUUAAGCUGCAUUUCACUCUUAUAAUUUUGGAUCUGUAAGUCACUAUCCGUGAUAAUUUAACAUUCUGCAAAGAAAACUGACGAGCUGGGCCCAGCGUGAUACAGCAUUGCAGAAAAACAUUACACUCACGGAGUAAAGAAAAUCGCUUAUAUCAGAUCCAGAAGGCACUUUGGAGAAAAUUGGAACCCUUAUUCAGCCGUAAUAAAAAAAAGCUUUACGCUUCAAAAGAGGUCAAAGAAUAUGCGCUUGCAUCACAGGGCAAAUCCUGCCGAACAGAAAACAAUAACUACAGUCAAUCGAUAUAUAUGUCAUGACCUCUCAGUGUGAAACAUGCGGCUAAAACCACAUUUGCUCAGUAAAAUGCAGAACCUUCCAGAGCAUAAUCUACCCAGCAGAUACAAACAACUUCAUUGGAAUAAGCAACAUUUUGGCAUGAGGUAAAAGUCGUGUAGGCCUACCACCCCCUUUUAUUGCUAUGAUGGCCUAUACGGGGAGGCUCCGCCCGAAAGGGGUAUCUUCAGUUUAGGCUUCAGGUAUAUAAAAGGGUAGGGAGUUCACUGGUUGAAGUGUAUUUAACACUUAUUCCUCGACCCCGAAUGGGCUCUGAGUGCUGAGUCAAUAGCCCUGAGGCCGAAGGCCGAAUGGGCUAUUGACUCAGAGGCAAUGAGGGCGAGAGGAAUAAUUGUUUUAGUAAAAUCCAACUAGUUGGUCAAAAAUAUCGAGACAAAACAACUUUAGCUAGAAAAACGCGAUUCAGCCGCCAUUGUUUUUGGUUUUCAAAUCAAGCGCUUUUCUCUACUAGUGGGCUAUAACGUAUAGCCUAGUAGUAGCUCAACCAGUCGGAACGCAGUAUUGAUAAUAGACCACUAGUUGGAUUUUACUAAAAAAAGAUAGGGAAAUCUGUCAUUUGGGUCUGUGAAACGGCCCAAAAGGGCUAACAGAUAAAUUUUAUGUCUUUUUGAAACUCGAGAAAACGUUCUAUUUCUUUUUGAUUUAUACCUAUUUAAAAGACAAUGCAUUUACAGCAGCUGAAAAGGAUGCAAAGUUCUCAAUGGGUUUAAGGCCUGGGUCAAUGGUGUUUUCGGAGCGUAUGAAUGAUUGGCGGUAUCUCUCGCUAAGAGACCUAGAACAAAAUGAAUUUUUUCCCAAAAGUAAAUCUUGAGGUCUUCUUAUGCCUUAACGUUUAAUUAUGGUCACGUGACAUGCCACGUGAUCAGAAAUUAAAAAUGAAGGAAAUUGGCGAAUUGGUGGCGAAUUUCCUUUACUUUUGUUUAGAUCCCAUCGGCCGUAGCCCCUUUCUCCCCUUACGAAAUUUACACAAGGUAGAACUGUUCUCUGUUUUUAUAUCACACUUAGAUGAUAUUUCAAGCUGGAAAUGUUCAUGAAAGUGUAAGUCUCUUCAAUUGGAAAGAAAAGAAAACUGAUACGAAGAGGGGAAGUUUUGAUCCCACGACCUAGAAAACCUAGUAUACCACGCUAAUCACUAGACCACUGCGGAUUUGAUGGAUGGAGAGGAAAUAAUUUAAGUACAUAGAGCAUCAACCCCAACUCAAAAAAAGAACCUAACCAGUUUCGAACGAGCGCUUAACCCUAAUCAGUAAAAACAAUAAUUAACAAUAAUCAGUAAAGGCAGUGCUUUACCCAAAUACAUAACGAGGAAAAUUACGUUAUGUGAAUUUCAUGAGGUGUCCGAAGGGACUACGGUGGAUGGGAUCUAAUGAUGUAUCGAGCCAGUACAGUCAAACCCCGUUAAUAACGACACUGAGGGGGCCAUAGAAAGUGUCCGUAGUAACAAGAUGUCCGUAUGAAGCGGGUUGAAUUUAGAGAAAAUGUAAAGGCUUUCUUUCACCAGGGACAAAGCAAACUGUCUGUAAUAACGAGGUGUCCGUAUUAAGUGGGUUGAAUUUAGAGAAAAUGUAGGGAUUUUCUUUCCCCAGGGACAAAGCAAACUGUCCGUAAUAAAGAGGUGUCCGUAUUAAGUGGGUUGAAUUUAGAGAAAAUGUAGGGACUUUCUUUCCCCAGGGACAAAGCAAACUGUCUGGUGAUGUUCGAUAUACUAAGUCAAUAUAUGCACUAUUGUCUCGUUCUAUUGUGUGAAGUUUAUUGUGUUAUUGUGAAAGGGCAAGGGAUCAUUGUUGUGUUCUUUGUGGCGUAACUCGAGACUUGCUAUUCACUUGGUAUAUCGUGCACCAGCCAAACUGUCCGUAAUAACGAGGUGUCCGUAUUAAGCGGGUGUCCGUAAAGUGAGGUUUUGCUGCACAAGUUCCUGAUCUUAUCCCGGUACAGAUCACGACUGAAGAGGAUCUGCUACCAAAAGAUCUUUUAGACUGUCCACAGUAACCUAUUCUCCCGUAAGAUUGUCGAGACCGAGCACCUACAGUUACGGGAGGCCAUCUUGCUUUCAAAAUGUACCGAGGGGGUGGGCGUCGGGUUCAACCGUCCCCCACUCCCUAAGUGUAUUUUAUACUCAUCCCCAGGCUAUACUUGGUAAGCAGGCGACUCUAAACAGUUCAUAAACCUUUCUGCAUUCCAUUGUUCCAUUUCAAUGAAACGAGCUUGGGAUAAAAUUUCAUACAAAUCACUGUAUUUUGUCAAUAGACCUCUUAGACUGCAAAACAGUCGUACUUUUCUCAAAAUCGGUUCUGCAAGGUGCGAAGCGCUGGCAUGAUCGAUAUUUUCGUGCUAAGCACUUGGGCUUCACACGCCCAUGGGGCGUGUGUCUCUCUCCAGUCUCACUCUCCGUUUGCAACCUCACCCCAGACCUUUCCUUUGACUGCUCGCGCGCGCGUUCGCGUGCAUGCACGCGUAUAUGUGUGCAUGAUUUAUGCGACACAAAAAGUAAAUUCCGGGAUUGCCUGAUCUGAAAACAAAACAUUCAGUUAAAAAGGUCUAUUCAAGGCACAAGUUGGUAACUUCCUUCACAGGAAUGGGAGAGAGAUCUGUCUUUAAGUCGUGCCACAGGCCCACCAUCCGAAAUGUUCGAGGCAUCGUGAUGUGCGCGCGCUAUUUGAUCCCAUACCGGUCAUGCGGGUAUCUUGUCAACACACCUCAUCCUUAGUAGUUUUCUGUUAGUCUUAAAGAUGUCAGUACUCGAUAUAAUUGGAUAAACUGCCUCGUUUCUAAAAACGCGACUGCUAGCGAUAGUAUCGCGCAGUGGACAAUGGGAACGUUUAGCGUUGACGCAAAGGAGGCUGGGAAGGGUAAGCGAGAUAAAUCAGUGUUUUGGUAGCCUGCCUACUGGUAAAAUACUAAAUACCGUAUUUGUUCGAUUACGCGCCCUGGGCGCUUAUUAAAUUCUUGGACCUUGAGAGUGGGCGCUUAUUAAAUUUUCAACAUUUUCAGCAAGUGAAGUAUGUUUAUUUUGCAACAAAAAAAAUAAAUGCUAAUAACAAAACGCGAAGAAGUAACAAAGCAAGGUUUCUGUAAAAUACUCUGAAGAAAACUCCGUCCUCGGGAAAGUCUCUUAUUAGAAUUUAUUCACUCGGGUGGGUGGGGUGGGGGUGAGGGCUUAUUUGAGUUUGAUUGGGAAGAGAAGGGGGUGGGUGCUUAUUCGAGGUGGGGGCUAAUUCGAGGUUUGGCGCUCAUUCGAAUAAAUACGGUAAGAGUAAGACGAUCCGUUGUGAAUCAAAACCACGGAAAUAUGGCCAUAAAAUAGAUCCUUCAUUGACCAAGCUUCUUCGGUCAAGAUAGCUAGAUAUUGGCGUCGUUCUUUUUUUAUGGGCCUCGACUCGUCUCGGUAAACAAAAUGCUAGACUUGCUACAAGUCGACCUCUCAUAAGUUCUUAAAAGUGAGCGAAGACGUGCUUCAAUGCAUGAGGUCCCGCAGCGACCGAACGAGCGACGAAGUCUCGUGGCAUAACCAACCAGGAAAAAAUAAAGGACUUCUAGAAAGUCUAGCAAAAUGCAAAAAAAGGAAUUUGGCCAUAUAUCCAGUCAUACUGACCUCACGCUUGGUCAGUGAUGCAUAAUUGAAAGGUAUGAUGAUGAACAUAAAAACAGUCGUCACGCCUUAAAACAUUUAAAACAUUCCGCUUUCGUUUUGACAGCCUGUUUCCCUUCGUCAUUCCAGCGGAAGCUCAAUGAUAGCUCAUAAAGACUUGGUAUCUUCGAAAUUUGCUGCCUGAGUCAGGAGUUCCAAACGGUAAGAAAAAUAAUGCAAUAAGCAGCUGUGUUUCUACACGCGGUCAAAAAAACCUUUCAUUUGUAUAAGUUACAUGGUGGGAUUGAAUGAUGCGGGAAGCUUCCUUGUCGCUUAUUCAAAUUAUGAAACUGUUCAAAAGAACAUCGAUCGGAGACUUUCGCAGCAAAUGGUAAAGAAUGACAGCAUUUUCGUGACCAUUUUUGACUGUUUCGGUCCAUUGUUCGAGCUGCCGAAGUAAGCUCUGGUUUUGGAACGGUCUGGAAGCAAAACGAAGUGAAAACAUUUGCUUCGACCUGCGGCAAAAGUUACCAACGUAGAGCCAGUAUAAGAGAACUGCUGCGCACUUAGAUUAAGUGGGCUUGAAGUAACUUAUUGACGUCAACUCUCUUUAGAUCUUUGUAAAACUUCUAAAAACGAAACCAAAAGCCAUAAGCUUUAUGUUCUGAUCGUUCGUUUACCACCGAAACUCUAUAAUAUUCAUAGAGAGUCUCUACAGGUGAAGCAUGACGGACUGUUUUGCAUAGUUAUGUCCCCUACAAAUAUUAGGCCUUAGUUUAGUUAAAAUAUUUAUUGUGUAAAGUAAAUCCAAUUGAAUUGGAGAGGGAAACUGAAUAUAAAGUAGCCUGUAUAACAGGCGUCUUCCCCAUUUUAGGUGGGUGACUGAUAUGCGCGAGAAAGGGCUUUCACCCGUCGCACGUGUCUCGCGCUCCACGCACGUUUUGUGCCCCCCAAAAAUAGCAGCUAUUCUGCAGGGUGUAAAUAUAGCAGUGGCGGUAAAAUAGGGAGAAAAAAUGAAAGGUUUUCUAAUGAAAAGGGCAUAAAAUCUAGCCCUAAUACAGUCGAACCUCUCUAAUACGGACACCGAACGGAAAUAGCGAAGUGUCUGUAUUAGAAAGGUGUACGUUUGAAAGAGGUCACUACGAUGACGUCACUUUUAUGACUCCACUUACAGUUUUAGGUGUUCAGUAGCUAAAACCAGCUUCACACUCGUCUUUAAACUGCAUUUAAAUUUAUUAAUUCACAGUACAAACAGUAGCAUACAACACUGUAUAUCUCAGCUACAAAGUAAGUACAGUCGUAGACAAAUCACUGUUUUAAAACGAGCUACAGCGCAAUACUGAAUGUAAAAAGUUGUAACGUAAAGCAGAUUCUGAAAGCGUCUUAUGCUAUUUUGCAAGUGCAGUAAACAGUAACUACAGUGCAAAAUUUAAUAGAAAAGAUCGAUAUGCUAUCUCUAGUUAUUUGAGCCUUAAAUAAGUUGGGUAUGUUCCUCUGUGUACCUUUCGCAAAUCGUUGUUUGAUAUACAGCGACUGGGCUUUUGAAACCACCUGGCAUAGCUCAUCAGCCAGACGGGAUUCACCCAGUGCAGAUUCACCUGAUCGGGAUUCGGGAUUCACUCGAUCACCGCAGUGUAAAGAGGUUAAGUUUAUAUGAGUUUACUGUCUCUAGAGCCGAGAUUUAGUGUCCGUUGUCCGUAUUAGAGAGAGUCCGUAUUAUAGAAAGAAAAUAUAUGAGAAUUUUGUUGAGACAUUGGAAACUGUCCGUAAUAGAGAGGUGUCCUUACCGAGAGGUUCGACUGUAGUUACCGAGACUUCGAGAAACGGGCCCCCCUCUAAAAUGCCUACCCAUCGUCAGAGCAGGCUCUAAACCUUAUACUCGGUUUGGGAACCUACUACCUCGUCCAAGUGAGGUAAAGCUUUAUCUUCACUAAGUAGUAUCUGCCCACCUACCCCUCCCCUAAGCCAUCAUUUUGCGCUAACUGAGAAGUAAGUGUUAAUGUUAGCUUAGGGGAGGGGUAGGUGGGCAGUUUCCCAGAAACCGAAUUUGAUCCAUAAGUUUUCAGGCAAAAAAAAACGUUUACAACUCUUGUGGUUCCAUUGAAAAAGGUACCCGUUUUGAGACUCUAAUGGACAAAAUCCGUUUUCAUGAGACCAAAACGGCUAUAAAACUAUACCACUUGUGGUACACAUGCACCUAUAUAGCUUAUAAAGGGUAUAACCCCCGGGUAUCAGAAACACUUGUGAAGGCCGCAAAACCACAACGACAAACCAGUGAGGGUCCGCCGGAUCUUUAGGAAACCUGGAUCGGUAAAAUCUUGUGUACCAAAUAUUAAACUAAAAACAGUAAACUGAUCCUCACGGCAGGAAGAAUGAUAGAAAAAAUGAAGAAAGAAAACAAAAAUAAGGUGGUGAAUUAUAUUUGCCCGAUAUAUCAGUUUGCAUCACAAACCUUCAACGGUGGCUAUAAAAGAAAAAUUAAUGCAGAUAAAAGAUGAACGGGUAUGUUGUCACUUAGUGCAAAGAAAAUCUUUCCCCAAAGAUUGAAACAUCAGACGUACAUCAAGUAUGGCAUCUUAAAAAGAAUAUACCGAUGAACAGCUAAUAGUUUAUAAACUAUUAGAGAAUUUGUUAUCUAACUACUGAUAUACUAGCAAAUUUGGGUCUUGGUCAUGCUUUAACAUGCUUGUGUUGGAAAGUCAAUAUUUUUACUUCAUACGCCGUGUUAUUUACAUCACUAAUAAUUUUCCCCCCCUCCGAACUAUUGCUAAUUGCAGGAUAAAUUUCCCUAAAAGGUUCCAAUUGCAAGCAUCAGAGGUGCAUCGAAAUAUGGCCUCUUUAAACGAAUAUACCGAUGAACAGCUGAACUAUUACAGAAUUUGUUGUGUAACCACUUAUAUACUAGCGGAGGGUCUGAGAGAAAUAUUUAAACAAGAAUGGGACAAACUGUACAAAACAACAAAAGGAGAAUGGAAAGACGAGCCUCGUAAUGGAAUGGACUUUUAUAACGGAGAGUCUCCUCGAAAUCAAAAAAGAAACGCUCGUCUUUUGGCCACUAUGAAAAACGGAAACAGUGAGGAAUGGGAUUGUACAAUGCUAUUUUACGCCAUCCUUUUCUCUGAUUGCGUCGGGCCAGGUCUUAUCGCAAUAGUCAGAAAAAAUGUAUAUGAUCUACGAAACUUCAGGAAUGAAGAAUUCGCUCACAUGCCACAAGGUAGUCUCUCUGAGAUAGAUUUUCAGAAUGCUAUUAGCAAGGUUGACGUUGCGUUUCAAGCGCUUAGUCUUCCCACUGCAAAAAUUCAAGACCUAAAAUGUCAGAAAACAUUUCCAGCAAAAGAUUUAACAAAGGUCCUCAAAGAAGUUGAUAAUCUGAAACAAGAAGUUCAAGAAAAAGAGAGUCAGCGCCAGUUCCUUGAAGAUCAGCUCCAAAAUGAAGCACCCUCAUUUUGUGUUCUCCCUCCUAAACCUUCGCAUGAAAUCGGUGGUCGUGAAAGUGAAGUAGCCAAAAUAGUCCAACAGCUGAGGGAACUAAAUGAGUCCAGUGACAACAGGUUGAGUUAUCUAUACAUCUCAGGGAAUCCUGGAAGCGGCAAAUCACAGCUAGCUGGCCUUGUAGCUGAGAGAUUCUUUGGCGACCUCAACGAAAUGCCAGGUGGCUCUUCAUUUGUAAUGACCUUAAAUGCUGCAAGUCCAGAUUCACUUCUGGAGUCGUAUGCCUCAUUUGCUCGCCAUUUAAAGUGCCCAGACUAUUCAAUUGUGGAAACCCUCAGCUCAAAGGACUCGACCGUGGACGAAAAGAUCACUAGUCUGAAGAUGCUUGUCGCUGCAAAAAUUACCUGUUACACGUCGUGGCUACUGGUGGUUGACAAUGUCACUAAUAUGUUAUCAGUGCAUGUCCAUUUACCACAGUUUGAAAACGAGGCUUGGGCCAGGGGCCAGUUGCUGAUUACGACCCAGGAGACAACAUCAAUUCCCUCAGAAAGCUCUUUUGUUAAGCACAUCUCGGCAAGUAAGGGUAUGGAUCCCAAUGACGCCCGUUCAUUAUUGUCCAAGCUUUCUGGUAUCCCAGAUAGCGAGCUGGUAGGAACAAUAGCACAAAGACUGGACUAUCAACCACUUGCUUUAGCAGGCGCUGCCGUCUUUGUUAAAGAGAUUAGGCAGGACAAAGUAUUGACGCAUUUUGGGUGGGAGGAAUACAUAAAGAUCUUAGAAAAAGGCAAAAGAGAGAAAACGGAGGAUAUACUUGUCGACACCAAUCCAAUUUAUCCAAACUCAAUGACCAAAGCAAUAACGUUAGCCGUCGAAACACUGAUGAGAUCCGACGAAGUUCAAAAACACCUUUUCACUUUUCUUGCCCUCUGCGAUCCACGCCCGUUGAACGUCGACAUAGCAGUUAGUUACAUCAUGAACGCACAUGAAGAGUUUGAUGAAGCGGACAAGGAGCUAAUUCGCAUGAGAUUAAAAAGAAGCUCACUUCUGCUCUUCCAAGAUGACGAGGGUGGCUGUUUUAUUCGAGUUCACGAGGCAGUGCAUGAUGCUAUAAAAACUGUAGCAAGAGAGUAUGCAGAAAGCCAAACCGAUGAGGUCGUUAGUGGGAUCAUUACAUCAUUUAACGAAUUUAUCGUCGCAACUCCACCAGAGAAUGAGCGACUGAACACCAGACACAUCGCUCCACAUUUGAAAGCGUUAACUAUAGUAACUGACAAAGUGUUUUUUCGAGAUAAUUUCUUUCAAGUUCAUGAUAGGGAGAUUUCCGAAAAAUGCGAAAACCUUGGAAAUAUUUGUCAAAUGCACUGUGAAUUCGAAGGAGCAAAAACAUAUUUUGAAUAUUCACUCACUUUUAAGCUUCAAGAGCUCGGCCCAGAGCAUGUUGAUGUUGCAACAAGCUACAGUAACGUAGCUUUGAUUUACCAGCAUUUAGGUGACUUCGAGCAAGCCAAGGAGUAUCAGCAACGUGCCCUAGACAUUGAACUGGACAAGCUCGGCCCGGAACAUGUUAAUGUUGCAACAAGCUAUAAUAACUUAGCUUCAAUUUACCAGGAUUUAGGUGACUUUGAGCAAGCUAAGGAGAAUCAGCAACUUGCUCUAGACAUCCAACUGGACAAGCUCGGCCCGGACCAUGUUGAUGUUGCAACAAGCUGCAGUAACUUAGCUUUGAUUUACCAGGAUUUAGGUGACUUUGAGCAAGCUAAGGAGAAUCAGCAACUUGCUCUAGACAUCCAACUGGACGAGCUCGGCCCGGAACAUGUUAACGUUGCAACAAGCUACAGUAACUUGGCUUUGAUUUACCGGGAUUUAGGUGACUUUGAGCAAGCCAAGGAGUAUCAGCAACGUGCUUUAGACAUUGAACUGGACAAGCUCGGCCCGGAACAUGUUAAUGUUGCAACAAGCUACAGUAACUUAGCUUUGAUUUAUCAGGAUCUAGGUGACUUCGAGCAAGCCAACGAGUAUCAGCAACGUGCUCUAGACAUUGAACUGGACAAGCUCGGCCCCGAGCAUGUUAAUGUUGCGACAAGCUAUAAUAACUUAGCUUCGAUUUACCAGGAUUUAGGUGACUUUGAGCAAGCCAAGGAGAAUCAGCAACGUGCUCUAGACAUCCAACUGGACAAGCUCGGCCCGGAACAUGUUAACGUUGCAACAAGCUACCAUAACUUGGCUUCGAUUUACCAGGAUUUAGGUGACCUCGAGCAAGCCAAGGAGUAUCAGCAACAUGCUCUGGCCAUUAGUGCAGACAAG